AUGGAAAACAAACCGACGUCUUUGGUACCAAGGACGCAGCGAUGGAUUUCACAACAGAACAUCAACAAGGAAUUUCUACGAUCAUUCACGGGUGCCUUGAAAGUUUCUGAGAUGGUUAGUUGAGAUCGACCAGACCAAAGUCUUGACCCACUCAUCUACCAAUUGUGUAGUGGUUUCAUUUUAUGGAUGGAAUUCCUUACACUAUCUGAAAUCUCUCGUUUGCGAAAAAUAGUCGACGCUGCUCUUUAAAAUACCUUAUUUCAUUGGACCCCUACAUGUCGCAGUUCUUUUGUUCAACGACGGUGGAGCUGGGAGGGCUGGGAGGGGCCUAUACACCCCCAAUAUUUUUCAGAAAAAAAGUAAAAACUUACAACCUCGUCCCCAGCUCAGCCUCAAGUCACUAGUCGCUGUCCCUGUUAUUUAUGUUCUCCCUUUGUUACCGGAGGGUUGGUUUAUCUUUUUUAGAGGAAGUUUGUUGUACAAGGUAUAUAAUUUUUAAGAGUUGGCUGUCUCUCUAUUGGCAGGUAAGCCUUGGGACCGGCUUUGGCUCAUUACUACACUACGUGAAAUUGGUUGACGAGAUAUCGUCAAUAGACAUUCUGUAUUUUGUUAUUACGGGUGUGUCCACCUUCUUCACCCUGAUUCUUAUCGUUACAUUAGUCCUCAACCUUCAGCAGAAAAUUACAACAUCCACCAAAAAUGGCAAUUUGUUUGUAAGUAUGGUAACAAUCCGCCACUUUAGAAACGAGAAGGGAACUGGGAACUGACUGGAGCCUAAAAGUAUCCCGCAAGUGUUUCUGGGAUUGUUACUGGCAUAGGCGGUGUAGUAGGAGGCGAAGGGUUGGGGGGUGGGGGGAUAGUCUCCCCACGUUUUGGCGCUAAAAAAAGCACUUUUACCGAUGUAUUUGACAAUACCUGUGACAUCGUCGACUUCAGAGCGCACAUUUUCUGCCCUCAGACAACUCAAGAACUACCUAAGAAGCACAAUGAAGUAGGACCGCCUGAACAACUCCCAACUGAUGCAUUGUCACAAAUCGAUUACGGACAAACUAGACACUGUGAAGAUUGCUUGUGCCAACGAACAACGCAAAGGGCAUUUUGGAAAAUUUGAGUAGGGGUAUGCGUUGGCUGAGUGGAAGAUGAGCCCCACCACGAGUCAAAACGCUCCGCCGCCUCUGACCGGUAGCCUGCAGCGCACGCGUAUUUUGGGCGGGCGAAUGCUGCUUGUUUACCUUCGUACUGUUGUAACCGCCAUCUUUGAUGUUAUGAUGGAGGACGGAUUAGGGAGAGUAAAAAUAGUAACCCUUAGGGUAGCUGCUAGGUAGGUGCUCCCCGCCCCCUACCCGCCUCCUUUUGACUCGCCCCAUUUUCUCCUCUCUUUUCGAGUUUCAACAUGGCGCAUUCGCAAGCAAAACAUUCGCGCGCCCGAAGAAAACGCCUGCACUGUAGGCUACUGACUGGGUACGCACUUGUCAGUUACUGGCCAUUUUUUCCUUGUCCCGAGUAACAGUCCCAGAACUUGGCGAAAGUUAACUCGACCCAGUUUCCUUGUCGUUUUUAAAGUGGCGAACAACACAGAAAGAAUUCAAAUAAGUAACGCCGAUAAACAAUGGAGGUCAAAAGUGUUGGGACCUUUCCAGUGAUAUUACUUAAACUAGCGACCCCUUCCCUCCCACCCCCAAACAAAGUUGAAUUUGGAGCAAAAUGGGUGAAACUGAGUGCUUUUUUGGCCAGAACAUUGCCAGGGGAAGUAGGGUUGGGGGGGGGAAAGACGGGAUGAACCCAAAGCCGCACAAAAAAUUGUCCUUAGGAGCAGAGUCCUACGGAACUAUUGCUUGGAAGGGCUUUUUCACAGAGUCCCAAGUUCUUUUGUCUUCCAUUGAAGUAAAUAAGUAACACUAAUAAAGGCCUUCACCACAACGUGACGAUGGGGUAACUAUUCUGAUGUGAGUUUGGCCUUUUGACAGCUCUCCACUUGAAUUUCGAAAGGCGAAGGGUCACGCGGAGUGGCUCGCUAGCACGCGCGACCAUCGACUUCUAGGAGCUUGCUCUCAGGCAUCGGUAUGCCAAGCAAAUGCCCUUUACGGUGUUCGGGAGAGGGUAUCAAAAAAGAAGUAAAUAAGUUUAUCGCUUUAUAACUUUAAUAGUAACAUCCUCGUGAGGUUUUUCAGGGACUAUUUACAAACUAUUUACAAUUUAUAAAAGCAAAAUGACAAUAAAAACUCGAAAUCACAAUUUAUGAUGGUAUUCUACUAAAUUCUAGAGCUUAUGAAGGAAAUGUCUGCCUCAAUAGUGUGUCUUUCAGGGCGCGCAUGUUAUGUUAUGGCAUGUUAUGGUUAGUGAUCGAAAAGUGUUUGUUAGAUUCUACGCAGCUGUACACGAGAAUCUGUUUGUGGGUGGGUAAAGGCACUAUAAAAACUACUUCAGCAGAAACAGCGAUCUCCUGGAGACAUAAAUGAGUAGAUAACUUCAAGUAAAUAUAAUGGUAUUCAAAGGCUAAAAUUACGAGCUGUAUUCUCGGGAAACUGGUAGCUUAUUUGUAGGGUCUGAACGCACAACUCCUUGAUUUAGUUUACGCAUAAUUCUUUACUUUACCUUACUUUAUGCUCUUCCCCUCUCCCGUCUAUGUACUUCAUGAACCCACUUGAUUAAGUAGAUACAGGGAAUACCAACCUCGUUCCUUGGCAUCUGUCUGUUGCCUCCCACCUAGUCCUUGUACAGCGUUUUCCCAGUCCGUCUCGGUCAAUUCACUUCGGUGACGUAUCCAAGACGGGCGGGAAACGGCCUCACAUUUUCGCUUGGGUCACGUGAACCGAGACGCUUUGGCCGCGCGAAAUUUUGAGGCCUAGGGACUAAGCAAUGUUGCCUCGAGAAAACGGCAACAGAGGCAGGAGCGAGAGGUUGGGGGAAAUACUAGUUCAGUGAAUUACAAUGUUUGUUUUUCUAAUUCCACUCUCAGAUGCUCAUUUAUCCACUGAUAGCCGCUAUUCUAUUAUUAACGUCAUCGAGUCUUCUUGUGCACGAGGCUGUCAAGUUCGGUGAUUCCUAUCAUUCUCAACCAACAAAUGACGCAAAGUGUGACACAUGUGGCAAGAUAAACGUCGCCGCGGUAAGAUCAGAAUUUGUUACGGUGAUUAACAAAUGAUAAACUGCUCAGCUUUCCAUGUUGACUUAGGAUGCACGAGAGAGGUUAGCUUAGUGUCAAAAAGGCGUAAUAUUAUAGAUACAAGCUUCUUGAGUGCUCAGUAAACUUCCGACCAGGUGACUCGAACGCACAGGUGGCGCACAUUAAUGAGGCCUAGAGGACUAGCUAACGAGUUACUUACUUUUUCACGUUUCUAUAAUGGCUAACAAAACAACUGUUCUUUUUCUUUCAGGUGUUUGGUUUUCUGUCAUGGAUUUUAUUCACUUUAGACUUGUUUCUUCAAAUGAGACAACACGGGCUUUUUUGUAGACAACGAAAACAACGUAGGACAGCUGUAAGGUCUAUAGAGGUUUCACCGCAACAAGAACAGGACACCUAG